GCAAAUUUAUGAAAGUGUAAACAUCAGUUUACACUUUAAUGAAUGUUAUAUUUAUUAUUUGUUUAGUUUAUCUAGCGGCUGAAACAAUUUCAGCUGAAUUAUACUGUUAUUCUUGUUCAAGUGCUCAAUCAGGUUGUGGUGAUCCAAUCGAUGUAAGAUUAAUGCAUUGGAAAAAAUGUUCCGGUCGAACAUUGAUCGAAAAUUAUUGUGUAAAAUUAAUUGAAAAAGUUCAAG